GGACAGGCAUGGUCGACAUGGUACUCAUGAGAUAAAGUCACAUAACCUCUCAACCUGAUAAUAUAACGUGAAAGCCGUAAAUGUGACGGUAUGGGGAGAGGGGCCCCACCAAAAUUGGAUCAGGAAGAGCAUCUGAGAAAAACCGGGUGUUGAGCCGAGAAAUUGAGACUGGUCUCGGUGAUCCGCCGCGGAUGGAAAGUCGUCGCCAAUUUCAAGAACGCGUGUGUUACGUCUUGCGAGUGAGACCGACUGACUGACUGACUUCCUAUUGGAACUAGUAGGUUCCGGUCGUCACGACCUCCACUAACUUCACAGUUCACCUGCGGCAGCGGCCUGCGCCUGUGAACACAACAGAACAGACAACACCUGGUGCACCAAUUCCGGCUCAACCCGGACGGAUUAUCAGUUUUUAUUCCAGCCGAGGAUCGUUCAGUUGGAAGUCGCGGCGGAGCUUUGUCAACUUUUUUAUCGGACUUUUGAAGGGAGUUAUCAAAAAAUAGUUUAAAGUGGUCGAAGUUUGUGAGUUGUGAAUCUGUGAAAUUGUGAUCAUGAACGUGGACGAGUACGAGAGCCUGCCUACGGCAUCCGUGGGUGUUCAUAUGACUGCGGGUGCCAUCGCCGGGAUAAUGGAACACACUAUCAUGUAUCCACUCGAUAGUGUCAAGACGAGAAUGCAAGCUUUAACACCUGGGCCUGGUGGAGGAGGGGGAGGGGGAGGAGGAAGCAUGUUUGCAGUUUUUAGUAGAAUGAUACGACAAGAGGGAGUCUGGAGACCAAUCCGAGGAAUUGGUGUAAUGGUUGCUGGAGCAGGACCAGCACACGCUUUAUAUUUUUCCUGCUACGAGUUUCUCAAAAACAAAAUGCUCAGCUCAAAAUUUCCAUCUCAAUUCAACCACCUCAUUUACGGAGCCUCUGGCUGCGUAGCAACACUUCUCCACGAUGGCGUCAUGAACCCAGCUGAAGUUGUAAAACAACGUCUUCAAAUGUACAACUCGCCUUAUCGAAGCAUAUCGAGUUGUAUCCGACACGUAUAUAAGACAGAGGGUGUUGUUGCAUUCUAUCGAAGCUACACGACGCAAUUGGCCAUGAAUGUGCCUUUCCAAAGUAUCCACUUUAUUGCAUAUGAGUUCUCGCAGUCCAUGACAAAUCCAGAGCACAAAUAUAAUCCUUAUGCGCACAUAGUCUCUGGUGGAAUGGCCGGAGCGAUUGCAGCGGCUGGAACAACUCCUUUGGACGUCUGCAAGACACUUCUUAAUACACAGCAAGGAAGUGUUCGACCUCAGGGUAUGGUGGAGGCUUUUAAAAUGGUCUACAGGUUAGGCGGAGUCGCGGGAUUCUUUCGAGGCAUGACCGCGCGCAUUCUUUCCCAAAUGCCAGCCACUGCCAUCUGUUGGACCACAUACGAGUCUUUCAAAUACAUAUUGCAAAAGGAGUCAGGGACAUCACAGACAACAGAAUCCAGCAAAUGCGAGGAGGGAUCCAACCUCUCGGGAACUUUACAAUCCCCGAUCAGCCGAAGCACUUUUCAAGGAUCCGGCCUUUACUUCAAGAAACAGGCGCCUUCGUCCGUCUUGCUCGAAGUGACGCGGAGUUAGGUGUGUCCUCUUCCUUUUUGUUAAGUGUCGUAAAAUGGGGCUGAGUGGGACAUUUUGGCUAAAUCGGGACACCAGUUUUUUAGGGGGGAGGGGAGAGCAAUAUCAAGUAGUGGAAUUGAAAUUUCCGAGUGUCCCGCUUUGCCCUGCCCCAUCCUGUUCGACUUGGCCCUGUUCUACCGAAUCCAACCUGAAAAAUAAAACUCGCAAGACUUUGAAUCUCUCGAAUUCAGAGACACCGCUUUUUAUAUUUCGAGAGUUAAUUAUUCGCGAAUAUAAUUUUGUUAAUUCGACCGUUGUUACGAUGAUGCUAAUGAAAAAUAAGCAUAUGCACACAUGUAUAGUACUCACAUAGUUCGAUGAUUGGAGAUCAUUGAAAAGUCAAGUGCAGGUCGCUGGCUGACUCAAUACGACAAAGUUUCUCGUACUAUCUAUCCUCCAUGCAUAGUAUACCAUUUGUUUUCGAAAACGACGCAUUUUAAAACUUCGUUUUCUUCUGUAAAUUGUCCCGUAAAUAAAUCGCGCAAUUGGAAAUAACAAACAAAAAACAAAUAUCCAUUCAUGAGAUUUAUUGGUAUCUAGAAGGGCGAUUACUGUACACUGUAAACAAAAGUUUUGGUGAUCUUAACAGUCCGUCGCAAUUUCACGUGCAGACUACAUUCAAAUUACAGUGUCACACUGAAAUUCACGAUCUAGUCUAAUUUCACCUGAUGGAACAUUGUGAAACAUCAGUCAAAUGAAAAGUCAGUCACUAGAUCCAAACAUGGAAAUUAUUCGAUUUAGGUAAAUUUAUGUGAUCGAAUACAUUUAAGUGGGAAACUACAUUUUUUUUCAGGAAAUUUUCAGUCUCCGGCGAAAUUUUACAGACAGCCGGACCUGAAUCGACAAAAUUGGCAUUCUCAAGGCUUCCAAUGAAAAAAACUUUAUCUUGGAAAAGUAAUUUGCGCCAAUUAUAUCCUGCUAGAAUGUUUAGAACUGUUAACCGUUUCGAGUGUAACCUAAAGAUUGAAAUGUUUUGCAUUUCUUUCUAGUUUUGUGUAUACUUACGUCAUUCGAGACUAUUCGCUCAUGCGCACUGCACAAUUUGCGUGUUAUGCUUCCAAAUGCAAAACAGCCUCCUGAAACAAAAGUACAUGAGGAAUAAAUGCGUUUAGACAUAGCACGGUUUUCAUUAAACGCUGCACUCACUCGCACGCUUGUCAUGAGUGAAAAAGAAAUAGUAUAUGCCAGUGCGCAUGCGCGACUAGUCUAGGGUGCUGACUCGAAACGUCGGAAAUUUGCAAUAAAGGUGCUGUUACCGCAGUCAGAUCGCAUGUACAUUGAUGGGUUUCCUUAUCACUUAUUAGUGCGUGAAUUAUUUAUAAUAAAUAAUAUGUUGGUCGAAUAAUUUCCUUCAUGGCUGUAUCAUGGAUGUAAAAUUGCACCAAAUUUUGUUUACAGUGUAUAUUGAGAGGACCUUGGAGUGUAUAUUUAAAACGGCCACUCUGGACGCCUUACUAAACAAACCAAUCUGAUUUUUGAGUUGGUUCCUCGUUUUAAUACGCAUGCCUACACUUCUAUUGUUAUAUUUAGAAUUCACAUUGAAUUCUCUCGGAUUCUUUGAAAUUGGUUUGAAUUACUUGGAAUGCUAUUUAGAUGCUGUUUUAUAUUCUUACAAAUUCUUUUAGGUUCCUUGAAAUUCUCUUGGCUCCAUGAAUUUUAUGGAUUUUUCUUUUAUUUCUCUAAAGUUUCUUUGAAUUUUGUCCUCGAAUUAAAUCAGAGCUGUGAAUGGUUUGAAUUAAA